GUUCAAGCCUCUGUUGUUUGUGCCAAACAGCUUGGCAUACAGCUGAGAAUCCGAAGCGGCGGGCACGAUUAUGAGGGCCUUUCUUACUGGUCUGAUCAGACCUUUAUUGUCCUUGACAUGUUUAACCUCAGGUCUGUGACUGUAGACAUUGAGGACAGCUCGGUUUGGGUUCAGGCUGGAGCCACACUUGGAGAAUUGUACUAUAGGAUUUCGGAGAAGAGCAAAGUUCAUGGCUUUCCUGCUGGUGUUUGUCCCACAGUUGGUAUUGGAGGGCACAUUAGUGGUGGUGGCUAUGGAAACAUGUUGAGGAAGUUUGGCCUUGCUGUUGACAAUGUCCUUGAUGCUCAGAUUGUUGAUGCUAAGGGAAGACUUCUUGAUAGAAAAGCAAUGGGAGAAGACCUGUUUUGGGCUAUUAAAGGAGGGGGUGGAGGAAGCUUUGGUGUCAUUGUUGCAUACAAAUUGAAGCUGGUUUCUGUCCCAGAAACUGUUACAGUUUUCCAGGCUGCGAGAACGUUGGAAGAGAAUGCAACUGACUUUGUUUUGAGGUGGCAAGAGGUGGCACCAACCACAGAUGACGGUCUGUUUAUGAGGAUGCUACUGCAGCCAGGGAGCAACACUGUUAAAGCCACAAUCAUCGCAGAGUUUCUAGGUAAUGCUGACCAACUUGUGUCAUUGUUGGGGAAACAGUUUCCUGAGUUGGGUUUGAAGAAGGAGGACUGUAAGGAGAUGAGCUGGAUUGAGUCUGUGCUUUGGUGGGAUAACUAUGAUAAUGGGACCUCCCCUGAUGUGUUGCUUGAUAGAAAUCCUGAUCAUGCAAAUUUCCUGAAAAGAAAGUCUGAUUAUGUUCAAACCCCAAUUUCCAAAAGUAGGUUGGAGUUACUGUGGAAGAAGAUGAUUGAAAUAGGCAAAAUAGGGUUGGUUUUCAAUCCAUAUGGUGGGAUGAUGAGUCGGAUUCCGGCCUCUGCCACGCCUUUUCCACACCGUGCCGGUAACUUGUUCAAAGUUCAGUACUCAGUGAGCUGGGGGGAAGCAGGGGCUGAAGCAGAGAAGAAAUAUACCACAGACACCAGGAGGCUUUUCAGGUUCAUGACCCCAUUUGUGUCCAAGAACCCAAGGAGUGCUUUCUUGAAUUACAGGGACCUUGACAUUGGUGUCAAUAAAUUU